GUGUGUGGCGGACGAGGAGCAGCCAGCGAACAAACCGAGACGUCCUUUUUAGAACAGCGUCACCACACGUACUCGGAUACUCUGCUCAUCUGGCAUCGCAGUGACAUUCAUUGACCGGCGGACAUCACUUUUGUCGGGAUGUUCUGGAUGUGAACAUGGAGUUUUCCUCCCCUCCGGUGGUGGAUACGCUGCUGUUCCUUCUCCGCCCGUGCAGUCCUCCCAGCACCGCUGACUGGUUUCCAGCCGCCUCCGCCACACAGGUGAGCAGGUCUGGGACAGCGGAGAGCCGGUGGGCGGGUCUGGAAUCCCCGGAGACUGCAGGCUUGGUACCCGCUGGACAGCAGAGCACCUGACAGACAGCUCCAUGCUGUCCCCCCUCCAUCCGGACCAUGGCGGCUCUGUGGUGUGGCCCCAGAGUUCAUCCUGCUCCUCCUCCUCUCAGGGCCUCCAACGGCCGCUACGCUGCCGCCCUCCCCCAAUCAGCGGGAGCAGCGUUGGCCCCAACCCCACCUACUACCACGCCGUCUAUGACGUCCGGGUGGACCAGUACAGUGAAGUGCCCUUUACCGGCGGAGGUGGUGGCUAUGGGGUGCGAUCUGGCCGGGGCUCCUUGUCCCUGGUUACCAGCAGCAACGACCCCACAGUCCCGCUGAUCCGCCGGAGGGGAGGAGUGAUCGACCACCGUGAUGUCAUCCUGGCCCACCAGGCACACAAGCUGCACAACACGCCGCAGGCCAGGAGGAAACAGUGGGAAAUGGCGCGUUUUGGAGACGAGCUACCCAACAGGUAUGGAGGAGGAGGAGGAGGAGGUGGUGGUGGCGGUGGUGGCGGGGGUGCCGGCGGACAAGGGGGGCCCGGCCGCGGCGGCAGCAGGCAAGGGGGGCCCCCCGGAGGGCAGCGGAUGUACAAGCAGUCGAUGGCCCAGAGAGCCCGGACCAUGGCCCUGUACAACCCCAUACCCGUCCGGCAGAGCUGCCUAACGGUCAACCGCUCCCUCUUCCUCUUCAGCGAAGACAACCUGGUGAGGAAGUACGCCAAAAAGAUCACCGAAUGGCCUCCAUUUGAAUGGAUGAUCCUUACCACCAUCAUUGCAAACUGCAUCGUCCUGGCUCUGGAACAGCACCUUCCUGAUGGAGACAAGACGCCUCUGUCUGAACGACUGGAGGAGACAGAGCCCUACUUCAUAGCCAUCUUCUGUUUUGAAUCGGGGAUAAAGAUCCUGGCUCUGGGUUUUGCGUUACAUAAGGGCUCCUAUCUGAGGAACGGCUGGAACGUCAUGGACUUCGUGGUCGUGCUCACCGGUAUUUUGUCGUCAGUGGGGUCUCAGCUUGACCUGAGGACGCUACGAGCCGUCAGAGUGCUGCGACCACUGAAACUGGUGUCUGGGAUUCCCAGUCUGCAGGUGGUGCUCAAGUCCAUUAUGAAGGCUAUGAUCCCCCUGCUUCAGAUUGGCUUGCUGUUGUUCGUGGCCAUCCUUAUGUUCGCCAUCAUCGGCCUGGAGUUCUACAUGGGAAAGUUCCACACUACCUGCUACGACAAAGUCACACGAGAGGUAGUGGACGCAUUACCAUGUGGCACAGAGUUGCCGUCCCGGUUGUGUCCUAACGGCACGGUGUGUGACAGUCACUGGAUUGGACCCAACUACGGCAUCACCCAGUUCGACAACAUCCUGUUCGCCGUGCUCACUGUCUUCCAGUGCAUCACCAUGGAGGGAUGGACAGACAUGCUCUACUACAGUAAUGACGUGGAGGGCAGUGCCUGGAACUGGAUGUACUACAUCCCCCUCAUCAUCAUCGGCUCCUUCUUCAUGCUUAACCUGGUGCUGGGUGUACUCUCAGGUGAAUUUGCCAAAGAGAGAGAGCGAGUGGAGAACAGGAGCGAGUUCCUCAAGCUGAGGCGACAGCAGCAGAUUGAGAGGGAGCUCAACGGCUACCUGGAGUGGAUCUGCAAAGCGGAAGUGAUUUUGGCGGAAGAGGACGGCACAGUGAACUUUGAUGGUACGAGGCGAAGGCCAACCAUCAAAACCAAAAACAACAAGACGGAGCUGCUGAACCCUGAGGAAGGAGAGGACAACAUGGGAGAUGCAGUAGGUUUUGCCCGCUCCAGUUUAAAGAAUGGGAUGGAUGGCUCCAAUUACAGCAAGAGGGAGCGGCGACUGCGAUUCUUCAUCCGCAAGAUAGUGAAGACUCAGGCUUUCUAUUGGACUGUGCUCUUCCUGGUGGGCCUCAACACCAUGUGUGUGGCUGUGGUUCAUUACGACCAGCCUGAGAUCCUCUCCGAUUUCCUCUUCUAUGCAGAGUUUAUCUUUCUCGGCCUGUUCAUGUCUGAGAUGCUGAUCAAGAUGUAUGGUCUGGGCAUCCAGCCCUACUUGCACUCCUCAUUCAACUGCUUCGACUGUGUGGUCAUCAUGGGCAGUAUCUUCGAGGUGGUGUGGGCCACCAUCAAACCAGGAACAUCCUUCGGGUUCAGUGUGUUACGAGCUCUGCGACUGCUCCGCAUCUUCAAAGUCACCAAGUACUGGGCUCCUCUUCGAAACCUGGUGGUGUCUCUGCUGAACUCCAUGAAGUCCAUCGUCAGUUUGCUGUUCCUCCUCUUCCUCUUCAUUGUGGUCUUCGCCUUGUUGGGGAUGCAGCUGUUUGGAGGACAAUUCAACUUUGAAGACGGAACCCCACCUACCAACUUUGACACUUUUGCAGCAGCGAUCAUGACAGUGUUUCAGAUCCUGACAGGAGAAGACUGGAACAUGGUGAUGUACGAUGGCAUCAAGUCCCAGGGAGGAGUGAACGACAAAGGGAUGGUGUUCUCCAUCUUCUUCAUCGUCCUCACACUUUUUGGCAACUACACUCUGCUUAACGUCUUCUUGGCCAUCGCUGUCGACAAUCUGGCCAACGCCCAGGAGCUCACCAAGGAUGAGGAGGAACAGGAGGAAGCAGCCAAUCAGAAGACUGCAAUGCAGAAGGCUAAGGAAGUAGCAGAGGUCAGCCCGCUGUCAGCAGCCAACCUGACUAUUGCUGCUAAGGAGCAGCAGAAGAACCACAUCAAGGGCAACAUGUCAGUGUGGGAGCAGAGAACGAGCGAGAUCCGCCGUCAGAACCUGAUGACGAGCCGCGAGGCGCUCUACAACGAGCUGGAGCAGGAGGAGUGGAAGGUGGGAGGGGAGGGAGAAGAGGUGUCCUACCCACGGAAACCACGUGGCGAUAUGAAGACCCACCUGGACCGGCCGCUGGUGGUCAACCCUCAGGACAACCGCAACAACAACACCAACAAGACCCAACCUGGUGAGCUGCCUCUGGACCAGGAGUACCGGCGCCAGGACAUGGAUCACUACCGCCGAGCCACACACCACUAUCACUACCACCCCCAUCAUCAGAAAGCCACAGGGCCGGACGAUAGAGGGACGGGCCAGCCGGCGGAUACCCGCAUGGAGCGCGGCUUCAGCUGCACGUCUCUGGGCAACGCGGAGGGCCAGCUCGGGGAGGGGAGGCACAGCCACAGGAGCCACCGGGGCCACCGCCACAGGAACAGGGAAGGCAGGGAGGCUCGCAGCGUGUCUCCCCACCAUAGCGAGGGGGUCGACGGGAACAACGAACACAGGAGGUCCCGGCAGCACCGCAAGGCAGCCAGGGAGGGGGAGGAAGGCAGGAGACAUAGAUCCAGAGGGACGGAGGGAGAGGGGGAGAAAGGCGAAGAAGGGGAGGGACGGAAGUCGAGACGGCAUCGCCAUGGCAACCAGGAGAGGAGCAGAGGGCAUCGCACCAGAAAGGAGCACCACAGCACGGGUCCCAGCCUCUCCACCACACGGCCCAUACAGCAGUACAACGAGGAUCUGGACAACUUCCGCAACAACAGCAAGCUGGCCGGUGCCCAUGAGCACCCUUACGCCCUCCCACCGGAUCACCCGGACCAUCCUGACCACGUCAACAACCUGCUGAACUGCCGUGACGCAGACACCCACACCCUCCUCCACAGCAUGGACAGCCUGAUCCUGACCAGCAUGGCCAAACCUGAGUACACCAAAAUAGACAUGCCACCUGUCUAUCCCUACCCCUCCACCAACGCCAUCCUGCAGGUGAACAAGAACGCCAACACCAACCAGAAGAAGAGCGAGGAGAAGAAGGAGGAGGAGGACGAGGGAGGAGAUGAAGACGGCCCCAAACCUAUGCCUCCCUUCAGCUCCUGCUUCAUAAUGUCCACCACCAACCCGUUUCGGAAGUGCUGUCACUACAUCCUGACUCUGAAGUAUUUUGAGUUCAGCAUCCUGUCUGUCAUCGCUAUGAGCAGCAUCGCCCUCGCUGCAGAGGACCCUGUCUGGCCUGAGUCCCCACGAAACAAUGUGCUGCGUUAUUUUGACUACGUUUUCACAGGGGUCUUCACAUUUGAAAUGUUGAUCAAGAUGGUGGUGCUCGGCUUGUUUCUCCACCAGGGCUCCUACUUUCGCGACUUGUGGAACAUUCUGGACUUUAUAGUGGUUAGUGGUGCUCUGGUGGCCUUCGCCUUCACGACUAGCACCCGGGGAAGCAGCAAGGGCAAAGACAUCAGUACGAUCAAGUCCCUUCGCGUGCUGAGGGUGCUGCGUCCUCUGAAGACCAUCAAACGACUCCCCAAGUUAAAGGCUGUGUUUGACUGUGUGGUCAACUCUCUGAAGAACGUGCUGAACAUCUUGAUCGUCUACAUGCUCUUCAUGUUCAUCUUCGCUGUGGUGGCCGUGCAGCUCUUUAAAGGCCGAUUCUUCUUCUGCACGGACGAAUCCAAAGAGUUUGAGCGGGACUGCAGGGGCGAGUACUUGGUGUAUGAUAGAGAUGAGGUUAAAGCUCAGAAGCGGGAGUGGAAGAAGUACGAUUUCCACUACGACAACGUGGCUUGGGCCCUGCUCACCCUCUUCACUGUCUCCACUGGAGAGGGGUGGCCGCAGGUGUUAAAGCACUCGGUGGACUCCACCUUUGAGAAUCAGGGCCCUAGCCCGGGUUUUAGGAUGGAAAUGUCCAUCUUUUACGUGGUGUACUUCGUUGUCUUCCCCUUCUUCUUCGUAAACAUCUUUGUGGCUCUCAUCAUCAUCACCUUCCAGGAACAGGGGGAUAAGAUGAUGGAGGACUACAGUUUAGAAAAGAAUGAGAGAGCCUGUAUAGACUUUGCCAUCAACGCCAGGCCUUUGACUCGCCACAUGCCCAAGAAUAAACUGAGCUUCCAGUACCGCAUGUGGCAGUUUGUGGUGUCUCCGCCCUUCGAGUACAGCAUCAUGGCUCUGAUCGCGCUCAACACCAUUGUCCUCAUGAUGAAGUUUGACGGUGCAUCAAAAACAUAUGAUGAGGUCCUGAAGAACCUCAACAUCGUGUUUACCACCUUCUUCUUCAUGGAAUCAGUCCUUAAGGUCAUCGCUUUCGGCCCUCUGAAUUUCUUCAGAGAUGCCUGGAACAUUUUUGAUUUUGUCUCCGUCCUUGGAAGCAUCACUGACAUAUUAGUGACAGAACUAGGGAAUAACUUCAUCAACCUGAGCUUCCUGAGGCUGUUCAGAGCAGCUCGCCUCAUCAAGCUGCUGAGACAGGGAGAGACCAUUCGCAUCCUGCUGUGGACCUUUGUCCAGUCCUUUAAGGCUCUGCCGUACGUGUGCCUGCUCAUUGCCAUGCUCUUCUUCAUCUAUGCCAUCAUCGGCAUGCAGUUGUUUGGGAAUUUGGCGCUAGAUGACGAGGGAGAGAGUGCCAUCAACGAACACAAUAACUUCAGGACCUUCAUCAUGGCUCUAAUGCUGCUGUUCAGGAGCGCUACGGGCGAGGCCUGGCAUGACAUCAUGUUGGCCUGCCUGGGCGGCAAGGAAUGCGACCCGGCCUCAGGGAACAAAGACCCUGAAUGUGGCAGCACCUUUGCCUACACCUACUUUGUCUCCUUCAUCUUCCUCUGUUCUUUCCUGAUGCUGAAUCUGUUCGUGGCUGUCAUCAUGGACAACUUUGAGUACCUGACCAGAGACUCCUCUAUCCUGGGGCCGCAUCACCUGGACGAGUACGUAAGGAUAUGGGCCGAGUACGACCCUGCCGCCUGCGGGCGCAUACAUUAUAAGGAUAUGUACAGUUUAUUGCGAGUUAUCUCCCCUCCUCUGGGCCUUGGCAAGAAAUGCCCACAUAGGGUGGCCUGCAAGAGGCUGCUGCGCAUGGACCUGCCGGUUGCUGAUGACAACACGGUGCAUUUUAACUCCACCCUCAUGGCUCUGAUCAGGACAGCACUGGAUAUAAAGAUUGCCAAGGGAGGUGCAGACAAGCACCAGAUGGAUGCAGAGCUGAGAAAGGAGAUGAUGGCUAUUUGGCCGAACUUGUCGCAGAAGACACUGGACCUGCUGGUUACGCCGCACAAGGCAGCCACAGACUUGACGGUGGGCAAAAUCUACGCUGCCAUGAUGAUCAUGGAAUACUACCGGCAGAGCAAGACGAAAAAGCUGCAGGCCCUGCGAGAGGAACAGAACCGAACACCAUUAAUGUUUCAGCGCAUGGAGCCGCCCUCUGAGGGAGGGGGCACGGACGGCCAGGGGGGUCAAGGCCUCAACAGUCUCCCCAGCACCCAGCCAGAUAACCCAAACAGCAUACCUCCCGAGGGUGGCAUGACUGAGAGCCAAUCGUGGGUGACGGCCAAAGCCCAGGAAAUGUUCCAAAAGACGGGUAACUGGAGCCCCGACAGACCCUACCCCGACAAUCCUCACGACAACCGUCACAACCCCCAGACGGUAGAGAUGAGGGAGAUGGGGCGGGACGGGUACUCCGACACUGAGCCCUAUCACCCAAUGGAUGGGCAUGGGCGGACCCUCUCCAUGCCCCGCCUCUCGGCAGACAACCAAAGAGCUCAUGCUGUUUCGCGGAGGAGACACAGGCCUCGCGGAAAUAACCUCAGUACCAUCACCGACACCAGUCCGAUGCGCCGCUCCACCUCCAGCCUGGUCCACGGGCGUACGGGCCGGGGCGUGAGGCUGGACGACUACUCCCUGGAGAGGGUGGUGUCUGAGGAGGGGAGACAUGGGGGAGGACGCAGACACAGGGACAGGAGUCACGGGGCCUCCCAGCGCUCCCUGACCAGAUACACUGACGCCGACACGGGUCUGGGCACAGACCUCAGCACGACCACGCAGUCGGGCGACCUUCCUCCCAAGGAGCGCGAGCGGGACCGCGGCCGGACCAAGGACCGUCGUCACCACCAUCACCACCAUCACCACCACAGCUCCAUGGACAAGGAGCGCUACGGCCCUGACAGACACGAUUACUCCCACAGGCACCCCCACAACCGCCACUGGUCCCGCUCUCCCAGCGACGGGCCUGAUGGACGUGGACACAGACAGGGCAGUAGUUCGGUGAGCGGCAGCCCGGUCCCCUCCACCUCGGGGACCAGCACUCCGCGGAGAGGGCGUCGCCAGCUACCCCAGACCCCUGCUGUACCCCGACCGCAUGUCACCUACUCCCCUACUGUCCGCAAGCCCAGCUACGGCCCCCCGGGGCCGGGCCGUCUGCGCUCGCCCUCCCCCAGACACUUCUCCCCGCCAGACCACGACAGAGGCUACCACCACCGACCCCCUUCGCGCCAGGUUUCUCCCCACCACGGGGCAUCCCCGCCCCGGCACGGUUCGCCGCGCUCCCCCAGGCACCAGUCCCCGCGCUCGCCCCUCCACGGCUCGCCCAGGUCCCCUCACCGAGGCCGCUGGAGCGGGCCCCCGCCCGGGGACAGCCUGGAGGGCGACGGACCCUUCUACGAGCGUGACUACGAGUACGAGCGGCACCAUGAGCCCCCCGCCUACGAGCAAAGCCUCUCCCACGGCAACCCGCACCCACAUGGGGGAAAUCCUCACCCGCGCUCGCCUAGGACUGCCCGCCACGGGCCCCCUCCGCCCCCUCACCCGCAUCCACGCAGGGUCCCCAAUGGCUACCGCUCAUCCUCACCUUCCCCACAUCGGCGGGGGCCCCCCGGGGCACCCCCCCAUCCACACCACCGCCCCCCCCACGCCCGAGGGCCCCGCAAGGGCCUGCAUGAACCUUAUAGCGAGACGGACGAGGACGACUGGUGCUAGCGACCACAGGAAGCGAGGGAUAAGGGCAGGAGAGGAGAAGAAUAGCAGCCUCCGGUGCUCUGGCCUUGGAUAUGUAGACUUUUUUUUAAUAAAGCAGAGUUGGUGA